CCCAGCUUUACCCCAGCUUUACUUCUCCUCAACCACACUUACGAAUCUCGACAUCACGCUCCAGCAAACUCUCCGAGCUCCACGUCGCGUAACACAAUCCCAUUCGGUAUUCCCAGGUUGCGCACGCUCCGCCCAUGAACGCCGUCCGGAUCUCGCGACUCUCCUCGAUCCAAAGUUCACACAGACGAGAUGGGCCCACCGAUGCAGCGAUUCGGCGGUGGCCCUAACAGCAUGGCGCAUUACCAGCAGUACCCGCCCCACUCGCAGGGCCACGCGAUGGGGCUUCCGCCGCCGACGCUGGGCGGGAAUCCAGCCUUUAUGAACCCUAAUAGCAACAUAAACCCGUUCGCGGUCAAUGGGAAUGCUCUCAGCCUGACGCAGGGCUUCGGUGGUGCGGGUGGUGGGAUGGGAGGGGGGGGAGGGACGGGGCUGGCGAGCCAUGCGGCGCAGAUUUCGUUCGCUCAUGGGGCGGCGCUGCAGCAGUCGGCUCAUGGGGGGAUUAAUGAGCAGGGGGGGAGGGGGGUGGUGAAUAAGGGCAGGAUACGGGAGGUGUGGAAGCAUAAUUUGGCUGAGGAGAUGGAUACGUUGAGAAGGCUCGUGGAUAGGUAUCCGUAUAUAUCUAUGGAUACGGAGUUUCCAGGAGUGGUGGCGCGACCGAUGGGUUCGUUUAGGGGGAAGAGCGACUACCAUUACCAGACGCUGAGGACUAAUGUCGACCUCCUCAAGCUCAUACAACUAGGCAUUACCUUGUUCACCGAAGACGGCGACACGACACCCGCAAGACCUCAGUCCUCGGACUCUGGGAUAGACAUGAGCCUGCCCGGCUCGCGGAAAUACGGUACCGGGGCGGCGACGCUCCCGUGUACAUGGCAAUUCAACUUCCGAUUCUCUCUCAAAGACGACAUGUACUCGCAAGCCUCGAUCGACUCCCUCCAACAAGCCGGGAUCGACUUCCCCGCCCUCGAGCGAGACGGCAUCGACCCCUUCGACUUCGGCGCGCUCCUCAUCAGCUCUGGCAUGGUGUGCGACGAGGACGUGAAGUGGAUCUCCUUCCACGGCGGCUACGACUUCGGGUACCUCACCAAGCUGAUGAUCUGCCAGCCGCUCCUGGACGACGAAGUCGAGUUCGAGAUCCUAAUGAAGAAGUUCUUCCCCUCCAUCUACGACGUCAAGUACCUCGUCAAACAAUCCAUCGCCCAACACGCCAGCGGCCAAGUCACCCCCGCCGACGCCUCCACCCUCGAGAUCCUGCAGAAAUUCGAAGCAAAACCCAGCCUCGAAGUCCUCGCCGAAGCCCUAAAAGUCAAGCGCCAAGGUCCCGCGCACCAAGGCGGCUCGGACGCCCUGCUCACCGGAAAAGUGUUCUUCCAAGUACGCGAUCGUCUCUGGAACGGCGAGAUCCCGGAUGAACACCUCAGCAAGGUGUGGGGACUAGGGAACCCGGAUGCGGGCGCGCAGGCGUAUAAUGCUGCGUAUAAUGCGAAUGCGCAGGAGGCGGCGGGUGCGGGGCAGAAUGGGACGUAUGCGGAUGGGGUGCCGAGUACGCCGAAUAAUACGCAUGCGAAUAUGGUGACUACUCCGGCGCCGGCGACGAGCGCGUCGACGGGGGCGGGGUCGAUGACGCCGGGUGGUGGGGGUGGGGUGUUUGGGGCGUUUCAGUUUGGGAAGUAGAGGGAUGGAUGGGGAUUAGAGAUAUGUUGGGCACAUAAAACGGCUGAGCUUAUUCUUUUUUGCGGCAUUUGAUUGGACGUCUGGUGGGGGAUGGGGUAGUGGGGGUUUUUGUUCGUUGUAUGGAAUGUAUGGGGAGAAGGAGUUUGUGCGCUCGGGGACGCGGAAAGGGGGGGGUGUCUUUGUAUGAGCUGGGCGGGGCGUUUUGAGGGACGGUUUUAUAAUUUCUCGAAUGGGUUUCGCUUUUUUGAUAUGUUGCGACUGUAGUAUAGUAUGGGAUGGUAGAGGCGGUGUCUGGAUGGAGGGCAAUCCGAUCUUACUUUCGACUUCCUGUUGCUGUUGAUGUGUGCAUGGUCACGUUGAAACUCCCUUGCCCAUUGCACGUAUUUGUACCGCCCAAAUGUUUGAACAAUGACUGUGCAUAACAGACAGUGUUUAUAGUAGCUGUGAUAAAAAUAACUGACUUGGUUUACGA